AUGCAUAGGAACAAAAUAAUUAACUUUGGUGCUAAUGACUGUGUUAAUGGUAGCGAUAAUGGUGUUGAUAGUGCUGAUGCUGCUGGUGCGGAUGGUGGAAGUGCGGAUGGUGGAAGUGCGGAAGGUGUUUAUUGUGGUUGUGAUAAUAGUGCUGAUGGUGGUGAUAACAGUGUUGGUAGUGGUGGUGAUGAUGGUGUUGCUGGUGGUGAUGAUGGUGUUGCUGGUGAUGUAGGUGAGACAUCUACAUGUAGUGAAACACUUGUGGAGAUGAGGAACGUCUUACAUGUAAGUUAAUACUGCUGUGCUGUAAUUCCUCAUAUUUUGCUCUAUUUUGUUUUGACAAUUCCUCAUAUUUUGUUCUAUUUUGUUUUGACAGUGAAAAAUGUAUCAUAUGUCCCAAACCAGUGCUGUGGGUAUACAUAUUUUCUCCUAGAGUGGGAUAUCAACACUAGGAGAAAAUAUGCAUUACAUUUAUGUAUAUGAUGCCAAGGAUUUUGUGAAUAGAAAUUCCUAGUGUAAAUUUCAUACAUCAUCACUAUUCAUUGUGUACUAUUUAAAACAGUGGCACAGCCGAGCAUUUUAUGUCUGAUAAAACACGACAACGAGUGUUUUGCAUAGCUUAAAAUACGACUACAAAAGAAUAUUAAUUAGGAUGAACCAUUAUAUAAUCAUACUAAUUAGGAUGAACAAUUAUAUAAUGCUACAUGUGUUUUAUCUGACAUAAAGUCACUCCACGUGACAUAUUAUGGCUGACAUGAUUUGCCACAAGUUUUAUGCAUUAUUAAUGAGUAUUUUAAUUCUAUCUACAAAAUGCUACAAUUAGUUAAAUUGGGUGAACUACAAAUCGUGAUAAUUGCCAAUGCAUGAUGUCACUUUUUCUUAACGAGUUGCACAAUUUAUAUGGAGGAAGAUCAAAGGAGGAUCCUUGGUUUCCUAAAGGGUGUAAAUAAUUGGGCAGAGUUUGUGUCUUGUAUCGAACUGGUGAAAGAGAAGGGGCUAUUGCUACCAUCAUACAAGCAGCCAGUUGAAGAGCAGCAGUACACACAGACUUGUAAUGUUGAGAAAAGGUGCGAUCCUAUUCAUAUGAUCAUAAUAAAGUAUCAUCAAUAUAUAACUUAAGUAUCGCCAUACGUUUUGUUUCACGAAAUACUAUAAAGAGUGCUCAAUAUCAUAUAUAGAUAAAGCAAACCGUAAAUUAAAGCUCACAUUCAAAACACAAGCGCGUUUCUCCUUUACUGUAUUGUCUGUUUCUUGUUUAUUGCUUUGUCUUUUACCAUAGUGUGCGUUGUGAUGUCCCCAAAGGAGUUUUAAAAGAAGGUUUGGAACCAGUAAAGGUUACAGGAGAUGGGAAUUGCCUGUUUCGGUCAAUUUCAAAAGUAAUAACUGGAAGUGAGGAUGCCCACCUUCUAUUUAAACUCGCUGUGGUUAUUCAUGGUUGUUCGAACGAGCAGCAUUAUCAAAAGAAUAUUCACAUAUGUAACAUUAGUACUAAAAUGGAUCAAAGAUGGCAUGAUGUAGUGGUAGACUGGUAG